CAUGUUGAGACACCUCUGCUUCUUUGUCUUUUUCAGUAGGCACACAUGAGUCUCAGAACAUUGAACAUAAGUUGAAAGUAUGUAAAUGUAAGCGGGAUAUUCUGGGAGCAGUCAAGAGGAUUUUCACAGAGUCAGGAAUCUAAAUGUCCUACUGAAAAAGUCUGGAGCCAUGGAAUGUCCAGAGUUUUCCCAGUUGUCCUCCUUGCGAGGUGAAUUUAAAUCAGAGGAUUUCAUUCAGCCUCACUAUAAGGAGUCGUAUCGGCUGGCAAUUGAUCGCUUGGUGAAUGGCGGCAGAGACAGUUACCAGGAGUUCUUAAAAGGAGAACGGCUCGGGAGCUUUCUCUCCGAAGAUGAGAUCCUAUUCAUCACUGGAAAUGCAGAACCGCUCCCACCUCAAACCCAAACCGAGGAAAUCAAAGAUCCCUUGGAUACCAAAUCAUCCUCUGGGACAUAUUGGCCCAUGCACUCAGAUGUGGAAACGCCAAAUCUGGACUUAGGGUGGCCGGAGGUUUUGCAUGAAAUGUUACAGACUAAUAUAGAUCUGCUCUUUCAUCCACCGAGACUAAACAGCCCAACGAUUAAAGAAGUCAUCCGGAAGCACAUUCAGGAUGCAAGACAGGUCAUUGCCAUUGUAAUGGACGUGUUUACUGAUGUGGAUAUAUUCAAAGAAGCCGUCGACGCUUCAAUACGGGGAGUCCCGGUUUAUGUGCUUUUGGAUGAUUACCAUUUGAAAAGUUUCCUGACAAUGGCUGAAAAUCAAGAUGUGAAACUCCAACAACUGAGAAACAUGAGGGUGCGCACCGUGAAAGGUCAGGAUUACCGCUGUCGAUCAGGAGCUAAAUUUCAUGGUGCAAUGGAGCAGAAGUUUCUUUUAGCUGACUGUCACACAGCAAUUUACGGCUCAUACAGUUUUACCUGGUCAUUUGAGAAGAUCAAUCUGAGCAUGGUUCAGAUCAUCACAGGACAUCUGGUGAAGUCCUACGAUGAGGAGUUUCGAACCCUCUAUGCCCGAUCGAUCGUGCCACCUGAACUGUGUCCUCCAGAGGGUUUGCUCCAACGAAAUGGGUCACUUGGGCAACAGAUUUUACCAAACUGUCAUUCUGCUCCAAAUCUUCAGCGGAGGGACAUGUUGAGGCAAAGUCUGGACACAGUCUAUCGGAAGACUCGUGAGAGGAACCUCGGUCCAAGAGAUUAUGAAGAGAGGCUGUUUGAAGAGGAAGAUUACAAACUUAGACCCUUGAUGGAAAAUGGCAUUGGUGUUCAGGAAUUUCAAUCGGUGGAGGAGAUGAACUUCUUCAAAAGGCACAGCUAUGCUGGAGAGAGACAAGAUGGACACGAAUCCAUCCCACAGAACAUCAGGCCUAAAGGGAGCAACUGGAAUAUCUCUAGAGAUGGAGCAAACAACUAUGCUAUGAAUAAUUAUUUACAAGUGCCACAGAUACACAGAAGUCACAAUUUGCAGUCUUACAAUGGAAAUGACAAACGAGUUCUAUCCAAGCAGCAGAACAUUCCAACAUUGGAGAAUAUGUCCAAGUCCUAUAUGCGUACAUUGAGGAUCGAGUCAUAUCUUAAUAACCCUGAUGUCCCAUUUGGGGACUCUUGUGACUAUUUAGACCAGUUUGAACAACUGGACAAAGCUAGCCCGUUCAUGCAGGGAGGGAUGAGGUCCUCUCUUGCUCUCAGGCCAACCGUACAAGAACAAAUGGAGGCAAACAGAUAUCUACAUACUUCUAGUAGUCUUAGCCCCACAAAAAACAGUCAUUUACACUACUCAUCCAUGCAAUGGACUCCAACAGGAGCAGGCUAUGAUACAGGUAGAAACCCUUAUCAUUCAUAUGCCAACCUGAGCCGAGCUAAAGACAGGCAAAUAAUCACAAACCCUAACAUUUUCAGUGACAACUGGGUCAAAAGGCACAGUGUGGCAGAUCCGAGAUCAAGCACACAUGAAUCAUCAAAUCACAUGUACAAUGCUUUUGUAAGGAUGCAAGAAGGCCAAAGUGAAGCAGCAAUGACUGCACUGAAUGGAGGACAUGGGUCAAAUCUAAAUGAAGAUCAGAGAUCUGUCUCCCAUUAUGAUGUCAAGAGCAUGACAAGCACAAAGAGUCCCAGUGGCCCCAUUUGGCAGGAGCCACCGGCCCGGGCUUUGUCAGCAGCAGCCCUGGAUGUGAAAAGCAAGGAUUUGACUGAUAAAUCUAACCGCACGGGCGCUAAGAAAAUCACAUCUUUGCUGAACAUACAAGAGAAAAAAGAGAAUUCAACUAGGAACUCAAAAACACCAAGUCUCACGUCAGCGGACAGCUCAGACACUCUGACUGCUGAGGAUGAGGAGAAAACAUCAGUUAUAGAACAAAAACAUCUCCCAAGCAGAAGCAUUUCUCUCAGUUACUCCUCAGAGCGCCAGAGGAACAACGUGGAGGGCAUAAAAUCUUUAAAAUCACGAUUCCAAGCUGAGAAAGAACAACAACCUCCGCAGAGCGCUCUCUCCAAAACCACCACACAGAAGAAACCCAGCAUUUUUGACAAAAACACAAGGCCUGGAUUUCACUCAAGCAGCUGGAGCAAAGACAGAGGAGCUGAGAAUCGCCUGUCGAGCAGAUUUGAGCCUUUCGUCUCAUUGGAAAAGAAAACCUCUCUGCGCACUCCGCACAGCUUCAGAAUCAAACCGUCCCAGGAGAAGUCCAAAAGCCUUCCAAAAGGCGAGGCAGCUAUUGAACUCAACAGCACUCAGGCUGCCCGUGGACAUCAUGAAAACAAGCUGGAGAAAUUCUUUCAAAGAGUGGGAAAUUUUAUACACAAGAACAAGUAGUGACAAGUGUCUUAGCAUUACGCACACUCUUCACAGGUCAAUAACUACUAAUGCACAUGUGAUGGGUAAUGUUUAUACAUGUAGCUUUGCACUUUGCUGCGUUAAGAAAAUGUUUUGGCAAACAGAGUUUACGUUUUUACUGGUUUAUAGGUGCACUGAUGGAUGCCAUAUAUUGGCAAUCUGGAAAUACAAUUGUCAAGCUGCUUUUGUGUCUUUCUUCUACUUGAACUUCCUAACAAAUUCACUGUCAGAAUGUGUUUGGGGAUGCGUACCUUUUUGUUGUUUCAAAAUGUCACAAAAGUAUAAAAUGUAUUGCUGCAAGUGCAUACACAUACCAAGGUGCUGUUACUACUGCCAAAGCCACAUGAAUGUUGACGGAUAAGUUACAGAAUAAACAUUGCAAAUACUACAGGUGUCCAAGAUAAGAUAUGAUGGAGCACAUCCUGUGUCAGACAGGUUUUGCCGAAUGCUGGGAGGGUGCAAUACUUCUGUAAAACAUGUGCUGUAUUUUCUUAAUAAAAAUUUGCAUCACUUUUAA